UUGAUUGUACAUGUAGAUUGUACUUUGUAGGUACAAUAGCCAAGCCCGUCUAUUUUUUUGUCGAGUGCGAUUUUUACAAAAAUACAUUUUACCACUUUUGGACAUUGUUAAAUACCGUAAAUACAAUGGUCGUCAAAGUUUAUAUUAGUGGUAUUUCAGGGAAUAAAGAGGUGAAAAAAAGACAGCAGCGUGUCUUGAUGAUAUUAGAUUCAAAAAAUAUUAAGUAUGAAAUAAUUGACAUAACAGAACCAGGGCGAGAGGCAGACAAAGAUUUUAUGCAAACGAAUUCUAAAUCGAACGGUGGUACCGUUAGUGAUCCCAACCCUAGAUCACCACUUCCUCCACAGGUGUUCAAUGAUGAGGAAUAUUGCGGGGAUUACGAUCAAUUUGAUUUAGCAAAUGAAGUGGAUACUCUGGAACAAUUUUUAAAGGUCGAAGUUCCAACAGAAGAACCACAGGAGUCUGAUAAGAUAAAUGUAGCAAAUGGUGAUGUAUCAAUAACUAAUGGGAAAUCUACAUCACAUGAUGAAUCACCUGUAGCUGAGAACAAAGGUGACCAAAAUGAUGAGGGAAAACUAGAAAUAUCAGAAGAAACACCUGAAGUAGUCACAGAAAACUCACAAAAAGAGUCAUCAGUUGAAAAAGAUACUUCACCAGAUAGGCUAAAACCAGAUGAAACGGGUGAUACUGGGGAAUAUGAAUCUGAGGAAGAAACAACUGUAACAAAGGCUUUGUCACAAGAAAAUACUUCAUCACAUGAAGUUGUUAAUGAGAAUGGUGUUCUGAGCUCCCGCGAACAGUCAAAUGAAAAAGAGGUAAUUGAAAUCAAUCAGAAAAAGGAGAAUCCAUCAGAGGCUCUUAUAGAAAGUGAGCAGGCUGCCGCCGAAUAAAUGCUUGGCCAUCUCUUAUCAGCUCAAAUGUAGCACUAAGUGAACACUCAUUCAAUUCAUUAUUUAUAAUUCAUUACUCACCAUUACUUAUAAUGCUGAUUCAUUGUAUAUAACAAAGGCAUUGUUAAAUUUAUUGUUAGCUUUGUAUAUUAUAUACACAUAGUCAAAUGGCCUGCCUCUAUUAAUUUAAAUAUCAUUUAUGGCUAUUAAAAAUUAAUUAUUCUAAUGUUAUCAUGCUUGUGUCAUUUGAAAGUAUUGAUUGUAACUUAUAUUAAUGAUUUUUGUAAGAAUUUUGUGCCUUUUAUUACAAAAGUUCAGCAUGUUUUGGAUUUGAUUCUAAAUCUCAUUCUAAUAAAGUAUUGUGAAGAAAGUUUAUAUGAUGUUGCUAUUUAUAAGUAUUUUACGAUUUGCUUAUACUUUACAAGUUUCAUUCAUGACAUUUAUUUUAAGAUGAAAUGUGUAAUUUAUAUAUAACUUCCUCAUAGGUGCUGAUUGCAAGCAAUUUCUAUUGAGUGCUUACAAAUUGCUAUUGUAAAAAUUAAGUAAUGAGUUUAUAUGUAUAUCAUUUUGUGAAAUUAUUGAAGACAUUUUAUAACAUAAUUAUUAUUUACUUUUUCAUUAUUAUUAUAUAAAUUUCAAUUA